GUUGGAACGGGUUGCAUUGCACAUCAGGGACGGUCGGGAAGGACUACGGGGCUAACUAAAUCCCUCCCGCCUCUUCGAUCCAAAGUUCCAAACCCUACCAAAUCGAUGGCCGACGGCGGCAGCGGCAGCGGCGAGCCGGGGGCCGGCGGUGGAUCGGCGCCGGUGUGCAGUUUCGUGAGGAAACCACCCAAGAACAUGCGGAAGCGCCCCGCCGCGCCCGCGGGAUCUGAUGACGACGACGACGGCGGCGGCAGCGGCGCCCUCGCGGCCGCGCGCUCCAAGAAGGGGCCGCCGUCCUCUGCCGCUGGCAAGCUCGUUUUCUCCACCGCCGACGCCUCCUCCGAGCCGCGGCGGUUCCAGUACGAGUCGUCCCGGACGAUCCAGUCCACGGACAGCCGCGCAACCGCCGUGCUCGAGACGGAGACGGAGUUCGACCGCGACUCCCGCGCCAUCCGCGAGAAACAGCUCAAGCAGGCCGAGGAGUUCCUCAAGAAGAAUCCCUCCUCCGGUGCCUCCGCCUCCGCCUCCGGGGAGGUGUACAAGGGGAUCCACGGCUACACGGACUACAAGGCUGGGUUCCGGCGGGAGCACACGGUGUCUAGCGAGAAGGCCGGCGGUUCGCACGGCCCGCUCCGGGCGGCCGCGCACAUUCGCGUCUCCCAGCGGUUCGACUACCAGCCCGACAUCUGCAAGGACUACAAGGAGACGGGGUAUUGUGGCUACGGCGAUUCCUGCAAGUUCAUGCACGACCGUGGGGAUUACAAGUCCGGGUGGCAGCUCGAGAGGGAACAUGAGGAGGCCCAGAAGGCCCGCAAGCGGCGCAUUGCCAUGGGUGGUGGGGAUGGGAGUGAUGAUGAGGCAGCAGAUGAGGACGAGGAUGAUGAGGAGGCGCUGCCCUUUGCCUGCUACAUUUGCCGACAGCCAUUCGUUGAUCCAGUGGUCACCAAAUGCAAGCACUACUUUUGUGAACAUUGCGCUUUGAAGCAUCACUCGAAGAACAAGAAGUGCUUCGUCUGCCUCAAACCGACGCUGGGCAUCUUCAACGCUGCACAGGAGAUCCGCAAGAAGAUGGCACAAGACAAGAAGCAACAGGAGUAGGAGAGCUCAAAACACUUUAGCUGGUGUUGUACAACGAUGAUUGGUGUUGAUAACUAAAGUCCGGUAUUUUCGCCAUCAGAAAAAUGAGAAGAAAAGGUAGAUCAGGACCCAGUUUUGAACGAUUACAUGAAGGACAUUCAGAUCCAGACCCUAGUCCCUACCCCCAGCUAGUCCAUCUUGCUGUCGUGUUCAUGUCUCGUCGCCUGCCAGUUGGUUCCUGGCGAUGGGCAAAAGCUCCAAAGGUACAGUGCUAGACUGCUACUGUGUUGUUUGUUGCAGGGCACCAGAAGAUCUUACCUAUUAUACAGUAGCAAUCGUGUCGUGCAGCCUGGCUUUGAGAA